AUGGAUGAAAUGAAAAGUGAAAAUAAUUCAACAAAUGUUGAUAAUAAUCCACACGCUUUGCUCAUACCUAAAGAUGAAAAUAGUCAAUUACAUUUGCAAAUGCCACUAAAUAAUUAUGUUAAUGAAAAUGAUGGAUCAUUAAAAAACGUUACUGAAUUUAUAAUGACAGUAGGAAACCAAAUUUAUGAUCUUACAGAACGAAAAGAACAGAUGGAUAAAUAUAAAGAAAAAGAAUUACAACAAAAACAAACAUUAAUCAAUAAAUAA